AUGUUAUCUAAGUAUAAUGAAGGCUCUUCGAGCGGUUUAACUUAUUGUACCACGAGAAGAGUUGACGAAAUGAAAACGUUCGUCAUUUUAAUAAUUCUCGUGACGAUUAGUGUGCUCCAUUCCGAUGGCUGUUGCAACAAUUGCUCAACUUCGAGUUGUUCCAGUUGUUGUUCCUCUUGUCAACAACAAUGUACAACAACCCCGUGUUUCCAAUCGUGUCAACAAAACUGCUGUCAACAUCAAUCCAGCUCUUGCUGUGGCAGUUGUUCAUCUUCGGGUUGUUCCAAUUGUUGUUCUUCCUGUCAACAACAAUGCACCACCACGCCAUGUGUUGCAAGCUGUCAACAAAGUUGUUGUCAUGAGAAAACAUCCCAUUGCUGCAACAGUCACAAACGCGAUUGUUGUACUACAACUAAAGAGGUGGAAACAAGAAGAGAUCGGGAGAAAACAACAGAGUUAGAAAGUUCAUCAAAAGAUGAGGAUAUCCAUGUCAAUGUUGACUCAGAAAACGUAAUCAACAACCAAAACAUUGUCAAUAUGUCCAUCAAUGUUGAUAGUAAUGUCAUCAACAACAUUUCGAAUCAAGGAGGGGGCGGUACCGGAACCAUUGGAACCAGUGUUGUCAAAGUUCCUGUUAAAGUACCAUGUGAGACCACAACCCAAAUACCUAGAAUGCCGCCAGGACAUCCUCCAGUCCAUGGUUAUCACCACCAGUGUUUACCACCACCACCACCGCCGCCACCGCCGCCCCAAUGCUGUGUUGUUAUCAUUCCUUGUGCUUACCAGGGUUGCAACCCUUAUCACACUCGUUGUGGUGGUUGUCACAGCAAGUAUGGGUAUUUACCCAUCAACCCCUGUGGAGGAGGAGGAUGUUAUAAACAUCAAACGUCACAAUGUAGUUCUUGCAGUGAUAAUUAUUAUCAGACGUACCAUGGGUACUCCCAAUGUCAUGGUUGUUUCCAAAAAUAAUUUGUUUUUUGUAAAAUUAAAGAAAAAAAUUGACACUUUCUAAACUGAUAAUCGUAAAAUUUUUUAUAAAAUGUUAUCAAUAAAUGUAAAGGUCGUAUUUUCUCUCCCAGUCUAUUUUGCAAGACACUUUCAACAAAUAA